AUGAAUUAUCAGAAACGUCCUCCUGACGGUUAUGUUAUUGACAUAAAUCAAGUUAAUAAACAUUGCGAACCAAUAAAUUAUACCACCGCGGUGCUUUAUAAGUAUCCUGUUCAAGAUUGUUUAGAUUACCUGGACACAAAACAAUCCGAAUACUUGGUAAAACCUGCCUCUCCAAAAUAUUGUAAUGAAAAAGAUCCAAUGAUAUUUCAUGUUUAUUGGCGAGGUAAUAUGGUCGAAAAAAUUGCUUUAAUGAUAAAAUCAUUUUUAUACACUCAACCAUUAAAUUGCUCUCGUCUCUACGUUUGGGUUGAUGAGAACAGUGAAGACCUUCGCUUGAAUAAUGAGAUUUUGCCGCUGAUUCGUUUCUCUGGAAAAAAUUUAGUUUUUAAAAAAUGGAUCACAUCCGAACAAUUGAAUUCUGAUCCAAUUUUCAAUGGCUGGAAGUCUAAAUUAAGAUCAAAUCAAAAUGUCGUCGGAUUUAGCGAUAUAGUACGUUUCGUAUUACUUUAUCGAUAUGGUGGAAUGUAUUUGGACGCCGAUGUACUUUGUCUUCGAGAUAUGAGACCGUUGUAUUAUUUGAACUUUGACUUUGCUUAUCGUUGGAGUAUAUGGACUCAUUAUAAUACUGCUAUAUUACGACUUCAACCUAAUAGUACUAUAUGUCGAACUAUUAUUCAGGAAGCGAUAUUGAAUAACAUGGAUUUUCAUCCGAUGUCUCUUAAAAAUUAUCUUAUAAAAGAUAAGUCAAAAACAAUAACAAAUCAUGAUUUGAAUAAGCAUCUUUAUAUGAUGCCGGUAAUUUUAUUUGAUCCUUUAUGGUUGAAAGCAGAUUUGACCAUUGUAAAUCAAAUAUUAAACCCAAAUCUGAACACUUUUUUUGAUGUAUUUAAACCUUAUAUUUUGGAUUACGAGUUUCCGGAAAGCUUGAUUACUAAAAUGAACAAUGAUCCUUUGAAACUGAGAAAUAAACAUCAUUUCUUUAGAGGUGCUUUCACUUAUCAUUGGCACAACAAUUGGGACAGGUCAAUUAAUCCUAAAUCUUGGCUUGGCGUAUUAGAAAAUGCUUAUGAUGCGUUCAUACAAGGUAGAGAUUCAAAUAUGUAUAAUGAAUAUUUAUCAUUUGUAAAAAGAAAGUUAUUGUAA